UCAAUUUUGAACUGACUUCAUAUUCAAUAAAAACAUAAAAUCUGCUCUGUAAUUGUAAACACAUGGAGGCUCUUGUGCAGGAUUCAUCCUUCCUGAGUGCACAGCUGAUGUGACGACAGCGCCACCAGCAGGUCUCAGGACACACAUGUAGCAUCCUGAUGAUCACACAUUUAUCUGAAGGUUUUCUAAACAGCAUUUUAAUCACUUAUUUUGACAUCAAUUGUGAAACAGGAAAAAUAAUAGAUUCUUCUUACAUGUAACUGAGUGAAAAUGUGGAAUAAACAUCAGGAAAGUAUGAGACAAGGACAAAGUAGAACAGUGAAUGAAAAACCUGUUAUUUAUUAACAUCUUCUGGGCACGGAGAAGGAAGGAUAAUGUUAUUGCACCUCCUUUGACCUUUGUUCACUAAGUGCCCAGCUCUGUGAAGGAGUGUCAGAAGUAAUCAGAACAACGACACCUAAACCUGCUCUGCUACUGCUCAACGGACUGAAGACAAAGCACAGGAGAUAUGGGCCUGCUGAGUCGCAGCAUUGUUACGCUGGUGUUUGUUUGUGAAGUUCUCAUCACGAAAAGUCAUUCCGCUGCUGAAUCUGAAAACACGGGACAAAAAUCCUUCCAAAGGCACCUUCUAAUGGAAGACGCUAAUGGCACAACUAUCUCAACCAGAAUAGGAGCAGAGUCCAUUUCAGAGAUCACUGUACAGUCGACGCAGUGGUCGUAUCUGGCUAUUGGCUUGGCCACGUUCCUCGCCGUGUCACUCACCAUCGUGAUGGCCGUCAAGUUUCGCCUUUUCCAUCGCUUCCUGGCCAGCUACAGACAUGCCCUGCUGCAGGAGACCGAUGGCAUCAGCCAGUACGGCCAAGAGGAUAUGUCGUUCCCUGACCACAUAGCAUCCAUCAGAGUGAGAGGACCUCAGACACAGCCAGAGGAAGAUGAUGACGGUUUCAUUGAAGACAACUAUAUCCAGACCAGUGAGAGAGACGGCACAGAGAGACACCGACAGGAGGAGGAGGGGACAGAGGACAGCGACGAGGAUCUUCAGUUCACUAUAGGCUGA